AUGCGCAUUUGUUCUGGUUAUAACGCGCCGUGUCAUUCAACGGAUUACAUCAAGUAUUCAUGUACCGCCAAGUCAUCAUGGCCAUCAAUACCGUAUAUCCUGGAAAAACUGAUCGCAACAUCGAUCAUUCAACAGCUUGACAUUGGGCAUGGUAUCCACUUCGGACUGGUCACUUUCGGUUGGCACACAUCUACUCUUAACCAUAUCACUCACUUCAGAACCACUACUUGUCAAUUACUCGAAAGUCUCUGGAAUUAUAGUGAUUGGAUAGAUGACAGGCGGCUGGAG